UUAAAUCCGUUUAACGAGUCGGAAAUUUACUAUUUGAAAAAAGACACGAAGCUGAAAGUGCGGUACGCUCGAUAAGGGCAAAGAGAAUAUCUAUAAGAGAAGAAAUCGUGUAUGUCUUAAUAGGAACAAAAAAAAAUAGCACUUAUAUAAAAAAAGAAAAAGAGGAAAAGAGUCAUUUGUUUCAAUAACGACGAAAGGAAUAUUUUAUAGAAAAAAAAAAGAAUCGUGAAUCUCUUAAUAAAAACGGAAAAAAUAACUCGUAGAGGAGGAACGAGAAAAAGAAGAAGACUCGAAAAUUCAAGGGAAUCCUAACUCGAAAAGAGAACCUGGUUCAAAGGUCCCAACACGAAGACCGACAACGACGCCGAAUGAUUGUUCCGGAACAUAAGUCUUCCGAUAUUCGCCCGCCUCGAUUCCGGAAUCGUUUAUCGGAACAACAGGCAUCCGAGGAUAAUCGCAUCGGAUGUAAAGCUUAAAGUUCCUCUUUAAGAGAAUCUUAGGGAGGAUUUGUGUACCGCGGCUCUUCUCUAACCGGCGUUUGACGAGUGAAAAACGAAGAAACUUGGCAAGAAUUCGAGAAAUAAUAUGUAUAGGACAUAAGAGGAAUUCCCGCAGAGAGGAAGCGAAAGUGAUCGUUAAAGGGAAUCGACGUUGAUUCUCCCGGGACUAUCAGCUUGCGGGAAGGGAUGCGGAAAAGUGCGUGUCACCCGAGAAAAGGUCAAAAAGCAGAAGUUCGCUGUCGGUGCGCGUAUACCCGGAAUCGAUGGCGAGGAAUCCGGCCUCUUUCCGCGGCGCGAAUCGACGAUGCGUUAAUGGACCAUCGAGGAUCCUAUCUGCAGGGAAUACGGUAAGUACAGAGUAGGGAGUACCUGUCUCGAGAAAUAAAUUUUUAGGAUUUUAAUUGCGCCAUAAUUUGGCCGUAAUCGGCGCGAGGAUUCAACUCGUUAGUAAGGAAUUAUACAGGAGAGAUUCGAUCAUUCGAUCGAUGCGAAACGUAAGAAUCCACUCUCGGGCAAAGACGAGCGAAGGAUCGAAAGCUGUUUCAUCUCCGAAAUAGGUGCUUGGUUCGAGAUAAGAGACUCACCUUGACAGAUGUAACGGGCGAGGUGGAUCGAAGAUCCUAGAUUCCGACGAAGCGAGGACUGUCAAGGGCAGCGUGACACAGGCAGACCACAGCCGGCGGUUAAGAUGCGCGAGCGCGUGCCUUGGCCGUUGCUGCUCCUGACCUUGUCGCUGCAGCGGUUAUCGACGGUGUCGUUGAUGCAAUCGAGGAUGCACAGCGAGGCGGUGCUGAUACCCGGCGACAUCGUCCUGGGAGGACUGUUCCCGGUACACGAGAAGGGCGGCGGCACCGCGUGCGGGCCCAACAUCUACCAUCGGGGCGUCCAACGUCUCGAGGCGAUGCUCUUCGCCGUCGAUCAGAUCAAUCAGCAGGAGCAGGUGCUGCCGGGCGUCACGCUGGGGGUGCACAUCCUCGAUACGUGCGGCCGUGACACGUACGCGCUCAAUCAGAGCCUGCACUUCGUCAGGGCUUCCCUGUCCAACAUCGACAUCAGCGUGCUAGAGUGCGCAGACCGGUCGACGCCCAGGGUGAAAAAAACUGCCAGCGCGGGGCCCAUCUUCGGGGUGAUCGGUGGUUCCUACAGCUCGGUAUCGCUGCAGGUGGCGAAUCUGCUCAGGCUCUUUCACAUCCCUCAAAUAUCGCCGGCUUCCACGGCCAAGGCGCUCAGCGACAAGACCAGGUUCGAUUACUUCGCGAGAACGGUACCGCCGGACACCUUCCAGUCGAUCGCCCUGGUGGACGUGGUGAAGAGCGCCAACUGGUCGUACGUCUCCACCGUUUAUUCGGAGGGCAGCUACGGCGAAUACGGUAUCGAGGUGUUCACGCGCGAGGCGACGGAACGGAACGUCUGCAUUGCGGCGGCCCUCAAGGUGCCCAGCGCUGCGGAUGACAAGGUGUACGACGACAUCAUCCAACGUUUGAGCAAGAAGCCGAACGCCCGCGCGAUCGUCCUCUUUACUCGGGCGGAGGAUGCUCGCGGUAUUCUCGAAGCCGCGAAACGAUUGAACCUCAGCCAGCCGUUCCAGUGGUUGGCCAGCGACGGCUGGGGCCGACAGAGCAAAUUGGUCGAGGGCCUCGAGGAAGAGGCCGAGGGCGCCAUCACCGUCGAGCUACAAUCGGAGAACAUCCCCGACUUCGACGAGUACAUGGAGUCGCGCACCCCCUACAACAAUCGGCGAAAUCCGUGGUUCGGAGAAUACUGGGAGGAGGUAUUCAGCUGCAAGCUGGGGAGGAACACGAUGGCCAUGGAGCGUUCUGGCCAACUGGUGGGAUGGAGGGCCGCCAAUUCCGGCAAUCAGAGCAUUGCCCCGUGCUCGCCUAAACUGAGACUCACGGCGGCGAGCGGCUACGAGCAGGAAUCCAAAGUGCAAUUCGUCGUGGACGCGGUGUACGCGUUCGCCCUGGCGCUUCAUAAUCUGCGCCGCGAUCUCUGCCGGGACCGCAAGGAGGGCCUGUGCCCGUCGAUGGCCACCUACGACCGCGGAGCGUUCUAUAGGAAUUAUCUGUUGAACGUGUCCUUUAUAGACAACGCCGGCAGCGAGGUGAAAUUUGACGAGCACGGGGACGGUCUGGCGCGAUACGAGAUCCUCAAUUUUCGAAAGGGGACGAACAACAAUGGCACGAACGGCUAUCACUAUCGGGAGGUGGGCAAAUGGUACAAUUCCCUGGACAUUCGCACGGAGGAGAUGGUGUGGGCGCGAGGGACGAAGGACAUACCAAUCUCCGCGUGCUCUCUGCCCUGCGAGCCAGGUAUGAUAAAGAAGCAACAGGGUGACACUUGUUGCUGGGUGUGCGACCAGUGCGAGGCGUACGAGUUCGUCUACGACGAGUACACCUGCAAGGACUGCGGCCCGGGCUUCUGGCCGCACCUCGACAAACGAGGCUGCUACCAGCUUCCAAUCAAGCAUAUCAGGUGGAGCAGCGCCUUCGCCAUCGCCCCCGCGGUAAUAUCCUGUCUGGGAAUCGUGACGACCCUGGCGGUGGCGUGCCUGCUCUUCCAACAUCGCGACACUCCGGUAGUUCGUGCCUCCGGACGAGAACUCACCGCGAUUCUGCUGGCGGGCGUGCUCGUCUGCUACCUGAACACCUUCCUGCUACUCGCCACGCCGACUACGGCGACCUGCGUCCUGCAGCGCUUCGGCGUCGGCGUCAGCUUCAGCGCCGUGUACGGCGCUCUGCUCACCAAGACCAACAGGAUCGCCAGGAUCUUCGAUUCGGCCUCGCGGUCCGCCGUCAGACCGCGAUACAUCAGUCCGACGUCCCAAGUUUGCAUCGCGGCCGCGCUGAUCGCCUUUCAGGUGGUGCUCACGCUAAUCUGGAUGAUCAUCGAGCCGCCGGGCACCAGGUACUCGUACCCGGAUCGCCGCCAGGUGAUCCUCAAGUGCAACAUCCAGGACAUGAGCUUCCUGUUCUCCCAGCUGUACAACGCCCUGCUGAUCCUCGUCUCGACCGUGUACGCGGUGAAGACGCGCAGGAUACCGGAGAACUUCAACGAGAGCAAGUUCAUCGGCUUCACCAUGUACACCACGUGUAUCAUCUGGCUCGCCUUCGUGCCGAUUUACUUCGGCACCGGCAACGCCCACGAGACGCAAAUCACCACCCUCUGCGUGGCGAUCAGCCUGAGCGCCUCCGUCACUCUGGUCUGCCUCUACUCGCCCAAGGUCUACAUCAUUGUCUUCCAGCCGGAAAAGAAUAUACGCGGCAAGGUCUACAUGGGCAGCACGUUCAAGAAGCAGGGCAGCAGCGCCGGCGCAUCGUCUAUGACCAAGUACACAGGUUGCGAGUCGGCGAGCGAGAACGUACCCCUGCAGAGCGCCCUAACCGCGGCGGUGCGGACGUCUGUGGGGGUCACCGAGAUCUCGCUAACGUCCAGCACCACCAGCAAAACUAAUAACGAGCAAGUGGCGCAAUUAUAGACCUUUACACACACACACGCACACACAUACACGCACACGCGCGCACAGCCUUCGUAAUUAUGUAAAUCAUUGAACGCCGAGGCGCGUUCAGAAAGAUUAAGAUUGAUAAGAAAUUAUACAUCCCGACCCGUUGAUUCUUAAACUUUAAUUUAACUUAUUAAAGAGAUUAAUAAUUGAAUUAAAAUUUAAAAAUCGACAUUGAAGACGCUGAGCGUCUCGCGUCGCGAUUAUCAUCGUUAUCGUUCACAUCAUUCUAUAGUCAAUCGAGGAUGAGAGAGAAAUGUCGAGAUUAUUGAUCGUUACCAUGAUCGCUGUUGUCGUUAUUGUUACUGUUAUUGUGCAUAAAUUAAUACGCGCAUACACAUAGGACAUACACAUGUACGUGCAUUUAUCGAGAUCAAGCUGAUAUACCGAGUGAUCCACUAAUUCUAGUCGAGCACCUCACAAUGUAUGAUUCAAUUCUAUUGGAUUGCGCGAGAUAUAAAUGUAGUUUUUUCGUAUCUCGAUUUCACUUAUUCGUUGAUCUAUUUAUUUGUUUAUUUAUCCGAGGGAGGACGUUUAACGUUCCCUAAGAGAGCGCCUUUCGAUGAGAUAAUCGUAUAUACAGCGGACAAUAAAUAAAUGUACUUAAAGCGAAUACAUUUAUCGGACCGACUCCAGUACCGAGUGUAUUAAUCAAGAAUACUAUGUUCCCACCCGGUUGUUUCUCAACCUUCUCUUUUCGUACUUAUUUUAAUAAUCGCGACUCACGAAACUGAUCAAACGGUGUUUCGGAGAAAAUUUCAAAUAAUUAUCUAGAGACAUAGCGUUUUCGGAAAAGAAUAGAUAUAAUUUAUCGUCCCCUGAUAUAUAAGAUAAAAAUAUAAUGUUAUGUAUACAUAUAUCUACUAUAUCUUUUUCCUCUGCCUUCUUUCUAUUAAAUUAAAAAAUCCUAUAUAGAAUUUUGUUUUAAACGUUUGAUCAAUUUUGCGAGUAAUUGCAAGAGGGGCGUUAUUAUUGUAUUAUCGACGAUUAAAUCGCUCGACUCCCGCGGCUGUCGAAGCCAAAGCGACGUAUAAAAAAAAAAAAAAAAAAAAAAAAA